GAGACAAAUCGAACCGUGUGCCUGCAUUCGGCUGGCUCCCCCUUCCUCGGCGAAAAUGCGGCUAGCGGACUAAAACAACGAUCAAUGCCAGACUCAAAAGUUUCCAUCUCAGCAGCCUUUCUUGGCCAUUCUAUUGGCACUUGAGCAAAGACUCAAAGUCAGUCAACCACCCUUAUUAAAAGUAGUAGCAAUCAGGGCAGCUGGACCUCCCUCAUCCGCGGGCGUGGCCACCUAGGCCUAGGCUCAAAGCAACCCGUGCUCCCAAAGCAUACUGCAAUACCGCAUACAACAGCAAGAGGGGCCGCACUGGGAGCUGCCAUAAGCAAAAGGCAGUACAUCUGACCUCUAGGAACAUCUGAUUUGCAUACCUUGUUUAUUUAGGAUGAAAGGAUGGUAACAUUUGGAGAUGGCACAAGCAGCAGCAGCACAUCCGAGCUCCAGGUACCCAAGGUCCAACACUAGGUCGUAAAUCAUCACAAUUAAACGUCUAAACGACGCGGUUUAUUCUUCUGCGCUUCAAGCUGUGGAACGAGAAGGCUGUAAGGGUUUGCCUGCAAUAGCAAAGAACUUUAUUGUUUCAUGCGCUUCUGUCAGGACUUUAUUGGCACUAGUAAUACUGAUAGCAUGGAUGGACGCGUCAAAGUGCUACAGAAUCCAAUUAGUUGCAACCUGAUAAACAUCUGCUAGUACAGUUCAUUUUUUUUUUUUGAGAAAAAGUGCAUUUUAUUUUGCAAACUUUUAUGCUUUUAAAGCAUGGGUGCUUAUUUUGAAAUUAUGUUCACAGGAAAUUUGAGUGAAAAAGACACUUAACAAAACGGCUUGGUAUGGAAGCUGCUGUAGUAUCUGGAAUAUUGAAGGUUCUCGGCAGCAAGCUAGCUCCACUGCUAAUCAAGGAGUACAGCUUGAUAGUUGGUGUUCAAAAGCAUCUCGAGGAGCUAAACGAUCAAGUUCAGGAGAUCAACUGUUGGUUGGAAGCAGUAGGAGAUGAAGUUGCACGAAAUGGUCCAGCACUUAAUUGGCUAACAAAAUUGAAAGAUAUAGCUUAUGGUGUUGAUGAUAUUAUUGACGAGUUUCAGCUGGAGGCUGAGAGGCAUGAUGCCCACGGUAUUGGUGGUGUUGUGUCCAACUACUUGUACGCAAAACCAAAAUCUCUUAUACUUCAACGCAAGGCAGCCAGCAAGCUCACGGCAGUCAAAAAGAUAUUUGAUGGAACUGUGAAGCAAAGAACUGAAUUCAGUACAAUAGCAAACAGCUUACUAGCUAGUCAUCCUGCUCGUGAUAUGAAUCAUAAUACUGCGAACAUGACAUCAUUGCCUACUGUGGAUGUUGCAUCAGUGCUCGGAAGAGACCAAGAGAAGCACCAAAUAAUAUCUGAACUGGUAGAGACUAAUGACCAACAAAGAAUCAAGACUGUUUCCAUCAUCGGGCUUGGUGGCUCUGGAAAAACUACAUUAGCUAAGCUGGUUUUUAAUGAUUGUAGCAUUAUAGAGAAGCAUUUGAAGUCAGACUAUGGGUUCAUGUGUCACAAGAAUUUGAUGUUGAAAAGCUCAUCAAGAAACUGUUUGAAGCUUUUGCUGAUAACAAUCCCGGACAGCAUGCACUGCCGUAUAUGAGCAAAACAAUCUCAGACAAUUUGACUGGAAAGAGGUUUCUGCUUGUAUUAGAUGAUGUUUGGAGUGAGUCCCAAAUCCUGUGGGAACAAUUCAUGGUAUAUCUGAAGGUUGGCGCACAUGGAAGCAGGAUUUUAGUCACUACCCGUAGUAGAAAAGUUGCAGAAGUAGAGGGAUCCGCAUACCAAUUUGACUUGCCAUUUUUAUCUCUAAAUGACAGCUGGAAACUAUUUCAACAAAGCUUAGUAAUGCCCCCUGAAGGUUUGGGGAUUGAAUUUGUAGAUGUCGGAUAAGAUAUUGUGAAAAAAUAUGGUGGGGUUCCACAAGCAAUUAAAGCUCUUGCAGGUGUCCUCCGUGGCAAGGGACUGAUAGGAGAAUGGCAGGCCAUGAGAGACAGCAACUUGUUGCAUUUUAUGGGUGAAGAACGUGGUGUAUCAGUAUCUGCAUGCUUGAGGAUGAGCUAUUUCCAUUUGUCAUCUCAUCUGAAGCAGUGCUUCACAAUAUGUUCAUUGUUACCCAAAGGUCACAAGAUUGAUAAAGAGCAAUUGAUUGACCUAUGGAUUGCUCAUGACAUGAUCACUUUUGAGUCUGGUGUUGAUUAUUUGGACUAUAUUGGCCACAAGUGCUUUAAUUCUCUUGUGAAAAUGUCUUUUCUACAAGACGUGAAUGAAUAUUAUGGGAGAGUGACAUGCGGCAUGCAUGAUUUGGUUCAUGAUCUUGCCCGGUCCAUAUUGGAUGAUGAGAUUUCACUGAUGUGCCAAAGGAUCCGACCUGUUCUACCAAGAGCUACAGAUACUUUUCUUUAACUUAGCAGGCACAAUAUCCACCACCCAAAAAUCUUUUUCAAAAAGCACGUUCUAUAUAUGUUGAUAAUUGUGAUGAUGCAAUAUUUGGGGCAUUGAAGAACGCAAGACACUUGCGCAGUAUCACCAUGGGACCUAUUCAUAUGGAAGCAAUACCCAUUGCGAUAUUGCAGGUAAAGAAUCUAAAGUAUCUUAUGAUUUCAAGCCUGCGAUGUGAAGCACUCCCAGAAGCUAUUUCUGAUAUUUGGAGUUCACAAGCUCUUCACGUUACAUUUAGUGAUCUUCUCGAGUUGCCUAAAUCCAUCGGUAAGAUGCAGGAGCUAAGGAAGCUGAACCUAUUCUGUUGUAGGGAGCUAAAGUGUUUACCAGAUUCUAUUGGUGAUUGUCAAAUGAUUUCAAGCAUUGAUCUUUCCUAUUGCAAGAAGCUCAGAGUGUUGCCUGUACUUGAUGGUCUGGAACCGCCACCAGGGAUUAAAAAGCUGAAAAUUAACAGGUAUUCAGGUCGGGAAUGUGCCCGGUGGAUGCAGAAUCAAGCUGGUGGCGGCGUACAGGGGCUUCCUUACUUACCAUUUUUGAAGGUGAUGAAGCUAUAUGAUUUCCCAAACUUGAAGCAUCUGGAUGGGCAGUUGCGUAUCGGAUGUGGAUAUUCGCGUGUGUCCUAAGUUGGAGGUCAAGCCGUACCUGCCUUUGUCGCUGCAGCACUUGGAUUUGAGCCUGAGCAAUGAACAGCUGCUGCAGUCGCCACGCGAGUGCAACGGGUCCUCUUCGUUCUCCGGUUUUAGCCAUCUGAAGAAGCUUCUGCCACGGGACAUUACAGGAUGCGGACGUGGGUGGGAGCUGCUGCAACACAUGACGGCGCUCCAGUCUCGGGCUGUCUCCAACGGUGCUCUCUAAACUGUUCUCUACCCUAUAUAUAGAGAAGAUUUCGUU